CGUAUGUAACCUAUCGCAUCGCUAUCUAGAGACUAUCACGGAUAGUACCAGGUCGAUCGCAGUUCGUUGAUCCGACGAGUUCCCCUCAUUUCCCCUCAGGGAUGAGCAAGCAGGGUCUUCUGUGUUGGAGUAUUAUUUCCCCGAAGGCCCUUCCUGUGUCCAACUCCAGCAGCUGGAUCCGAGGGUAUGUCGGGACUUUGCAACUGCUUACGAUAGAAAAUGCGAGUCGGAGUCAAGUAGUAACUCAAUGAACAAUAUAAAGCGGCAGACCUUUAUUGCACAAUGUGAGCAACACAGUUAACCGAUCAAUCCUCCGUCGAUAGGAGCAGCACUACUUCCUCCGAUAAUUGGUAUAUUCCAGUUGUAUAACCUCAAGCCCUUUCUCCCCUCCCAACAAAAUGCCCGCCGCGUUCACCUACCACGCCAAAGCCCAGUCCACCUUCAAACCACCCCUCAUUGCAAACGAGAAUGCCUAUCUUGGGGACAUAGUCUCGAGUGAGCAGAAUGAUCCCGAAAAGCCCAUCUCAGGCGGCUUCUACCGUCUGGAGAAAGGCACGCCCCUAGUUUACGAGUAUCAUUACGACGAAACGAAGAUCAUCGUUGAGGGCGAAUUCGAGAUCUCUGAUGAGACGGGGCAGAAGGUUACGGCGGGACCGGGAGACGUCUUUUAUUUUCCGAAGGGAUCGAAGAUCACCUUCACGACGCCGUCGUAUGGCUUGGCUUUUUACGUGAGUUGAAUCCUUCUUUCUUCUUGGUUGUGGUCUGAUGGUUUGCGUGUUUCUGUGGGAGUGUAAAUACACGAGUCUGUGUGAUGAUAUGGCUGAUGGGCGUUUGGUAGACUGGACAACGG